GUAACGCGCACACCAAUUGACCCUUGUGUAGUGCCCACCCCUACCUAGUGGGACACUACAUAUGUCCCGGGAGUUGAUAACGACAUUGCUGAUUCACUCUCUCGUUUUCAGUGGGAUCGUUUUCGCGGGCUGGUGCCGGAUGCGGACGAGUUGGGUCUACCAUGUCCUCAGUGGCUCUGGAACGUGGCCUUGGGGUCUCCUCUGAGUUGAUUCGCCAGUCCGUGAGUAGGAGUACGUGGUUGGCGUAUUCUUCGGUGUGGUCCCAGUGGGAGCAGUUGCUGGAUCAGGUGGGGGGUUAUGAGGUAGUGGAGGAUUUUCAGAUGUUAGUAUAUUUUAUCGGUUUGUCUUAUAGUUCGGGGGUGUCUGUUUCGGUGGUUUCCAAGAGGGUGGCGGCUGUUACCUUUUGGUUACGGUUGCGGGGUCUUGUGGAUGUGUCUAAAUAUUUUCUGGUACGGCAGGCUUUGAAGGGUUAUAGGCUGAGUGCGGCUCGUCCAGACACUCGUAGGCCGGUUUCGUGGGCAGUGUUGCAGUCGUUGUGGGAGACGGUUGGUGUGGUGUGUUUGACGCCUUAUGAGGUUUGUUUCUUUAGGGCUGCCUUUUCCCUGGCCUUUUUUCGGGCCCUCAGGGUGUCUGAAUUGGUGUCGGGAAGUCGGUUGUGUGGGGGCGGUUUGUUGCGGCAGGAUGUGUGUUUUUCUGGGGAAGGUUUACGUUGUGUAUUGCGCAGGUCUAAAACGGAUCAGGAGGGCAAAGGAGUGGUUAUUAUACUGCGCCCGUUGCUUGGGUCGGUUUUGUGUCCGGUCAGGUGUUUAGAGGAGUUGUUGGCGGUUAGGCUGGAUGUGGUGGGUUCGUUGUUGAUGCAUGUGGAUGGGUCGGCAUUGUCGCGGUAUCAAUUUGUUGCGGUUUUUCGGAAGUGUUUGGUUGCAGCAGGUUAUCCGGCAUGGGAAUUUGCGUCUCAUUCCUUUAGGAUUGGGGCGGCAAUGGAGGCGGCCAGAUGGGGCCUGGGGGAGGAGGCCAUUAAGCGGAUUGGUCGGUGGGAAUCUAGAUGUUAUCGAUCUUAUGUUCGUCCCCAUAUGUUGUGAGUGCCGGGGGUAAAAGUUUUGUUGUUUAUACGUAAUUUUGUUAGGUUUUGAUUUUAUUUGUUCACAGGGUCGGCUUGUAUGGCAUGGAUCUUCGGACAUUCCUACGUGUACUGGGGAGCAUUGCGGGCGGACGUGAGGAGGAACGGACGGCAAUUGGGGUUCGACCCGGCUGACAUGCAAGUGCGCUGGAUUGGCAUACAGGGUCUUUUGUGGGAACUCGUUUUAUUUUGGUUGCAAUCACCUGUAGAAGAUGGUGUAGCUUUCAAUAUCUGCCGGCCAUCCGGCAAAUGGCUGGAAGACCACAGGAGCCACCAAUGUUUCUUCUUGGUCCCAUUUUGGAGCAUCAAUAUUUUGCAUGACCCCCCAAAUGAUGUAAUGGAGUUAAUAAAUCCAGAUUUUUUUGGACCAUUGGGAAGAUGUAGCCCAGUCUGCUUUGUGGAAACACUGCUGCCAACCUGCUAUUAGAGACAUGCAUCCACCAUAUUUGCUGCCUGCCAGAGUUGCACUGCAGCCCAGCAGGACCAGUCAGGACAGUUAGGCCGGACAAGAAGCGGAGCGGUAAGGGGAGGCCGCUCAUGAAGAGGGUUUUGGGUGUGAGGGGACAGGGAGGUAGGGGUUAAGGCACGGAGGAGGGAUUCAGGUAAGGGCGCGUUUCGCCAUGCGAACGGGGGGGUUGCUAUGGGUCAGAGCGGAGAUUGAGGCGGGGUCAGUGGCAUUCGGCCAGGAGGAAGCGAACGAGCAGGAUUAUGGCAGCACCGGCGUGGUCUGUAGAGGAGAUGUUGGAGCGGCUGCGCAGGGAGGCGGAGGUGCGGGGGCCUGGCUGGUUGCAGGAGCAGGUUGGUGCGUGUAUUAUGGCUCCUGCUCCUGCAGCUACCCCCACUGUACAGGCUGUCCGGCCGCGGCGGGGUGUCCCACCGGCGCGCCUUAGCCCUGAAAGCACCCCCUGGGUCCGGCGCCGAGUAGGGAGCCCCUCAAGGGACCCUCCGCGGUGGACAGGGUCUGCUUAGUCUUCUGCAGGGCUCUCUCAUCGCGGGAGGAAUCCACUACACGGCGGGGCCCAGAGCAGAGCGGGAUGCCCCUUCCCCCGCUCUCUGCUGCCAGUCUUGGGGACGCAGGACCAGGAACGGUGGAUCGGCCCAGUCCAGGUCCCAGCGGGCGGUCUACUCAGCUGUGCGAUGAGAUCCAUGUGUUUCGGGCUGCACAGAGUGGGGGAGAAGAGCGGUGCAGGCCCAGUGAAGUCCCGGGCAGAGGUGGAGCCGUGUCAGCGUGCCAGAGGCCUGCCAGCAUCAUCCAGAGGGCCGUGCAAUUCGUCCGGGAGGAGGUACCGUCGACGUCCAGGAGCAGCGCCGAAGGAGAGUCCGUGCAGCGGGAGUCAGGAUCUGCGGCAGAGGGAGUCACAGCGCCCGUGGUGCCUGGUGAGACUACUUGGGG